AUGUGUUGUUCGAAAGCAAGUUGGAAAAGAGGGCACGUUCAAGAUCAUAAAUUUGAUUUCGUUGAUAUAGAUGAAUUUUAUGAAAGAAGUUGUAUACGAAAAUUAAAAUAUUUAUUUGUAUGGUUAAUAGUAUUAAAAUCGGUAGCAGUUUAUAUAGCAGAUAUGUGGACAGCAGGAAUUUUACUUAUUUUUGAUCGAUGGGGUUCAGCAGUUCAACCUAAAAUUCCAUUUUAUAUUUCCAAAUGGAUUUAUGUUGGAUGUAUUUUUGUAUCAUUUAUAUUAUUAGGAUUGGAUAUGAGGAAAGCCAGAAAUAUUAUUAAAUCUAAAGACAUCUCCUAUGCAUUUACAAGUGUAAUAGCAUAUAGAUCUUAUGUUUUAAAAAGUUAUAGACAUUUUUGUUUUUUUUCACAGAUAAAUAAUUCCAAAAAAACAACAGAUAAUAUAGCAUUUUUCGUGUUCUUUACAUUUAAGGGAUGGAAACGUCUUAUGUUCGCCGAAGCACCACGUCAAGCUAUCAGUGCAUUUACACUUUAUUCACUUUUUCAAUCAAAAAAAGCAGGAAAUUACCUCAAUCUCCGUACAUAUGGAGACACAUUUGUUCAACAACUUGUUACGGCUUUAAUGGCUUUCACAUUAUUAAUUUUUAAAAGUAUGAAACGACAAGAACAACGACAAUUAGAAGAAAAAGCCGAAGCAAUGGGAGAUUUUAGUCAUCUUAAAAAGAAGAAAAGUUCAAUUCCAGUGGCACCAACAAUAUUAAAACCAACACUUCCAAAAUUUGAAGAUGAACGAAUUCAAUCUGCUCAACCAAUUCAAUCCAUUCAUCCUAUUAAAAUCAACAACAAUAAUAGUAAUAAUAUUAGAAUCAUGACAGGUUCACCUGAACCAAUAAUUAAUAGUAAUAAUAAUUUUGGACAAUAUAAUUCACCCAAUUUACCUGGACAUGGAUAUCAACAAUAUCAAACUUCUAUUAAAAUGCGAUACAAGAAUUAUCUUAAUUACAUCUUUAUUUCUUAUUUCGAAUACACCCCUACCAAAUAUGAUUUUUUGAAAACGGCAAAAGAAUCAAAUAGUAUAAAUGAGAAAUCAAAUCUUUCUAAUUUACCAAUUUUGGAUUAUAAUCUUGUUCAUAAUAUUGAACAUAAUAAUCAAUUUCUGAAACAACUUCGUGAUGCUAUAAUUAAUGUUGGAUUUCUAUAUGUCAAAAAUGCACCAAUUUCCAAGGUUAACGAAAUCAAAUGGUAUUCAAAGAAACUAUUUGAUCUUCCAAUGGAUGAAAAACUUAGAAUCGAAAUGAAAAAUUCCCCUCAUUUUCUUGGAUAUAAUUGUCAAGGGAUGGAACGUACCCUUAACUUAAAAGAUAAUCGUGAACAAUUUGAUUUUGCAACCGAAAUGUAA